GAUCAAAUAAUCUUAACAGUCAUCAGUUCAACAUCAACUGUUCUCUUAACAACUUAAGAUAUUCAUUAAGACAUUUUUCGUCUAUUUCAAACAAACUCAUUUAAAAUGGCAUUCAAAUUCGUCGUUUUGGCCGCUUUCUUAGCAUCUGUCAACGCUGGAGUUAUCCAAGCCCCAUUGGCUUAUUCGCCAGCAGCUUCAGUCAGCACUGCUUAUUAUUCCACCCCGGUAGCAGCCGCCGCUCCCGUUGCAAUCCACGCCCCAGCUGUUGGAGCAACCCAUCAAAGCGUUUUAAGAUCUUUGGGUGGUAACCAAGCUGUAUCCCAUUACUCGAAAGCUGUUGAUAGCGCCUUCUCAUCUGUAAGGAAAUACGACACGAGAAUCACCAACGAUGCUGUCUCCGUAGCUCACACCCCAGUUGCUUAUGCUGCCCAUGCUGCACCAAUUUCUUAUGCCGCCCCAGUUGCUCAUGCUCCAAUCUCUUACGCCGCUCCAGUUGCUCAUGCUCCAAUCUCUUACUCCGCUCCAGUUGCUCAUGCUCCAAUCUCUUACGCCGCUCCAGUUGCAGCCCCAGUUGUUAAAACCGCCGCACUUUCUUACUCACCAGCUGUAGCUGUUGCUCACACAACAUUCGAAGGAUUAGGUGUUCAUUAUGCCUAUUAAGGAUUUUGAUGACGAUUGAUUUGGAUCUGUAAAUUUGUUGGAUGUAACUUAUUUAUUUGUCUGAGUGGUUUAUUUUUAUUAUGUAAUAAAGUUUUUGAACAAAUAA